AUCUUCAGGAAUUUAAUUUAUUUUAUCCUCAAUUUACAUCAAAAAAGAUAAAAAAAAAAAUAUAUAAAUAGUGAAGUAAUAAAGUAAACCGUUUAUUAAUAUUAAUGUUAUAAAUUGUCGGAAAUAAAAUGAAAAUGCCUCGAGAUAAACAAAUGGGAGAACUACUCCUCUUCCUUCUUAUUGUUAUACCACUGGGAACUGGACAAAACAGCAGUCUUAAGAUCAACACAAACUUAAAAGACAUCGAAGAUGGAGCCGUGGCACUGCCCUCCAUUCAAAGUCCCGGGAACAUCUGCAUCCGCGAGGAACCCUAUGUGGAGCACGUCCAGGUGCCGGAGAUGCAGCCAGUGCGUGUUCGUACCUCCAGUUGGUGCAUGGAGAUCCCGCCGCGGUGCGCCACCUACAAGACGGAAAUGCGAGAAGUGGUGAGGGUCCAGAAAUUAAACAAGACACGAACAGUUCGCUUUUGUUGCCAAGGCUACGAAGGAAAUCUCUCCGAUAGCCAAGCUACAUGUAAGCCAAUUUGCCGAGGAGGUUGUGGGCGUGGCAGUUGUGUAAUGCCCGAUAUAUGCAGCUGCGAGGAGGGAUAUAUUGGCAAGCAUUGUACACAGCGCUGUGAUCACGAUCGCUGGGGUCUGGAUUGCAAGAAUCUCUGUCAAUGCCAAAACGGAGCAGCGUGCGACAACAAAUCUGGACUUUGCCAUUGUAUAGCAGGUUGGACAGGGCAAUUUUGCGAACAGCCCUGUCCUCAAGGAACCCACGGUAUUAUGUGCCGCAAGGCCUGCGAUUGCGAUGACAAGCCUUGCAAUCCACAAACUGGUGCCUGCAUCCUACAAGAUCAUCCGCUGGAGCUGAAUGUAAGCCAUGUCAUAGUGGAGACUGUCAACUCUACUCUGGAGAAGAUGGGUAUUAUACCACGUCCAACCACCCCUGUUCCUCUGCCGGAGGUCAUAGUAAUCAAGCAGCCGCUUAACCAUGAGAAUGCCCAGCAUUCGCCAAAGAUCAUAGUUCAUCAGUCGGGAAGUGAGCUCCUCGAGAAUCUCCAUUCAGCUGCAGCUGCUGGUGCUCCAACUCCGGAGGUUAUCCAUGUCAUUACGAAUGGUAUCACCUCGCCACAGGAGCAUUUGGCCGGAUUCGUUGCAUCUGACUCCAAGACAAGUCAGGCGGCGGGAGAUCAUCAGUCCGGCUUGGUGACCACUCUAGUCAGCAUUAUGCUGCUCCUGCUGGUCGCCAUUGCAUUGGGCUCACUGUACGUGUAUCGGAGGUAUCACCACAAAAACUCAGCCGUAUACAAUGCCAACGGAACAGUGACCACGUUGCCGGCCAAUCCGGAGGUGGUUCUCACCGAGGCCGCGGCACUGGGCAAAAACUUUCACGAACCACUUCCCGAACUUCCUGUGGUUUUUGCGGCACAAUCGAACGAUGCACAACCAGAAUUAUAUGACACGCCCAGCAAUAACUCUUCGAUUAAAACACCACCCUAUGCAUAUGCUAGGAAGGAGUCUCUGUACUCCGUGGUCUCGCCAAAAUCUCGCAAGGGCAGUCUGGAUUCGCAUCUGUACGACGAGAUAAGAUACCACCAGCAGCACCACCAUCACCAGCACCACCCACGGAACCAUCAGCACGCCCAGCACUCCACCACGGCAUCAGCCUUUCUGCCAGCCAGGCCGCAAGUAAUGCCAGUGAACGACCAGUUUUCUAAUGGGAGUCAACAUCCCCAUCAGCGAUCGCACCAUGUCACCCACUUAAUAAUUCCGCCUCAGAACUCCAACUUUUUGCAGGUUCCUGCCCAAAUCACAGCCAAAAGAAUUGCUCAUUUGUGAAGAGGAGUAAGCAUAAUAAGACCAGGAUCUUGUUUCUUUAAUAUAAUAAAUUUUAAUGGAUUAUCCAAAGAAGGGUUUUUCCUGUAGAUCUGUAGAUAUACAAUUGAUUGUACAAAUCUUUAUAAAAUCAAAUUCAGAAUUUCUUGUCUGAACAAACAUUUAUUAACUA